GGAACAAACUGCGCGAGUUUAGUACAUGUAAGUAGUAAGUUUGUAUUGUAUCAUGGCAAGGCUAUAUAAGAGGAUAUUGUUAUGCUUGUAAAGGUGCGUUCAAAAGUGAAUCGUAAGUUGAAAUAUGUCUCAUGAGGAUGUGUCGGACUUUAUCGGCGAAAUUCAGCUUGUGACAUCCGAACAUCAUCAAGGCGGUACCUGUGAAGUCCAUUCGGGGCAGUCUUACACGGCAAACUGCGCAGCGUGUGACCAACUAGUAUGCCUUAAAUGCAUCGUAACCAUACAUAAUGGGCACACAUUUCAAGAUUUAUCCGAUCUACGUGAAAAGAGUUACAAAAUCAUACAGCGAAUCAAGAACGAAAAGAUAGAAAAACAGAUACUGCCAUAUCUAUUGAAAGAGCAUGAAGAUGCAGCAAAACGAACGCGGAAAAUAAAAGAAAUAAACGAGCAUUCUAAAGAGGAAAUUCAGAAUGAAUAUUUAACUUGUGUGGAAAAGAUUGAUCAGGACAGGAGUAAGGUUUUAGAAAUAUUAGAGGGUGAUGAAAGUAAGACUGCAGAGAAAGAGAAGAGUAUUCUAGAAAGAGUAUCUGCAUUGAGAGAGGAGUUGGAGAAUAUUGUUAGCAUCUUACAGAACGGCUCCGUGCUAGACGUCAUCAAUCUUUGUAGAAAACUGCAAAGCAAGUACGAAGAUAACUUCCAUGGUUCAUUUAAAGAAAACUUGAUAUCUGCAAGAAAAUCCAAAGUACUAUUACACACUGAAGAGCACAAUAAUGUCUUUGGAACAUGUCACGUGAUUCCAGAAUUGGAGGUGUAUAGCGUUUUCCAAACCAGUCUGGGCAUUUUGUCGACUUUAAGGAACCUGCUUGAAGACGAAACAUGGGUAGCCGGUGUUCAAUCUCCACUACUGUUCCGUCUCCAUGUACCAUUACGCAAACACAAGGGAGCUAUGAGAUACGAAGUUAGAAGAGGUUUUGUGUACAGUGUCGCCUUUACCAAAAAGAAUAGCGUGGCUUUGAUGACGUUUGUUAAUAGCCAUGAAAUACGCGCUUAUGAUGUACAACACAUUCAUGACGAGGGUGUCAUGUUUAUUGAUACUAAAAAGCUUUUUCCGUUGGGACUUGAAGUUUCUCAGAACGAUGAUGUAUAUGCAUGCGCGAGCGAAAGGUACUCAAAUGCCUUCUUUGAAAAUAUGGAGAGGGGCGUUCUCCGAAUUUCAAAAACAGGUCAAUUAUUGAACUUUUUUCGAUUUGACAUUGAAGUAGGAAAAUGUUUAUUUCAUUAUCCAUCAUGUCUGACAGAGAACAUUGAUGGAACCGUUUGCAUCAUAGAUCGUCAAAGCAACACUUCCGGCCGAGUAGUAGCUCUGAAUAAUUUUGGACAAAAAGUAUACACAUAUGAACGACCACCUUCUUCCUCGCUAAGUGAAGAGUUUGAUCUCAAAUACAUCACCCACGACGUAUUUGGUAACCUCUUCAUCUCAGACUCCAGCAAUAAUCGUGUCCACAUGGUUUCGAAGACGGGCGUAUUCAUUUCCUUUAUUCUUGGACCGGAAGAAGAAAUAUGUAUUCAGUAUCCCUCCGCAUUACACGUCGACAUGUUUCACAAUUUAUGGAUCGGUUGCUACUCACAGCAUCCAAACAAGACUAGUCAGGUUAUGAAAAUUAGAAUGAAUUAUCAGUGACUGAAUUAAGAAUUGAACAACAUGCUAAAAAUUUGACGGACAAAUGAAAAUUAAGUGAAAUUUUAUUGGUCGCAUUUUACACGUAAAUCCCCUUUGUGACACAACGUGGGUCAGGAUCGGUCUCAUGAACUCUUUAUUGUGAUAAAAUGUGCUCCCGGUGCAAAAUGCAUAAAAAGUGUUCAAAUUGAGCGUUAAUUUGGUGUCCAUCGUAACACCCCAUGUGACUCAACUACUAAGAAUUAAUGAGGCCAAUACAAGGAGAUCGGACAAGACAAUAUGUAAAUUUUUAUUAAGGAUGUACAGUAUAACAGCUCAAAUUUCUCAUAAAUGAAAAGUAUAGCAUACUUGUUUUAAAGCUUCAGUGUUAAAAAUGAGAUUUUGUCUUAUGUGGUAUAAAAGAUACAAUUAAAAAAAAUCAAAUAAUAAAUCAAAGUACUGAAAA